CAGGGAGCUCAGCUACCUAGGAACAUAGCCAGCCUCGAUCGAUCAACCAACACAACCCAUGGCGCCGCUCAUAACCAUCUCGCCGGUAGUGAUGGCGGCGGCGCUGAUGCUGCUGACGUCGCGGCCGCUCUUGGCCGGGGCGGUGGUUAAACCAGAGGAGGCGAUAGGGAUGCCCGGCUGCGACACCGCCUGCGGCGACAUGAAGGUGCCGUACCCCUUUGGCAUGGGUUCCCCCAGUUGCUACUGGCCAGGGUUCAACCUCACCUGCGACCGCACCGGCGAGACUCCGCGGCUGCUGUUCGGCGACGGAAGCCUCCAAGUCCAAGAUAUCGACUUCGCAAAUUCCAUGCUGUCCGUCACACACACCGGCGAGAUAAAAACCGACGCCAACGGCAGUGGCUGGUUUGUCGGGGGUAUCAGGGACGACGGACUCUAUAUGCUGUCAUCUGACAGCGAGCUCGUCCUGACAGGCUGCAACGUGCGGGCGACACUCAAAGACGGCGGUGGUGCCACCAUCAGCAGCUGCUCCUCGCUCUGCGGAGCCGGUCAUGAACCAGUCACGUACGUGCCUUCCAGGCUCCAAGGCGGGAUGCUGUGCACUACCAUAGGCUGCUGCCAGGCGGACAUCGUCGACCAGCCGGUGGAGGCCGCGUCGAAGCUUUCCUACGGUGUCCAGCUAGAUUACUUUGGCGGGAAUCGCACCACGGACCUGGAGAGGCUGCCGGCGCGCGUGUUUGUCGCGACGAAGGGGUGGUUCAAGCAGCCCAGUGUAUCCGACGAGCUUUUGCAGACGAGCCGGGCGCCGUCGCAGGACGCUAUGGCGGUUCCAGUUUCGUUAUGGUGGCAGGUCGUCGGCCAUGGCGUGGAGCCCGACAGCAACGCGACCCCGGAGGUGUGCCCCGAGAACGCAGCUAGGAGCGUGUGCAGGAGCAACGACAGCGUCUGCUCCAAGGGUUCAAAAGGAUAUAGUUGCCUCUGCGAGAGUGGUUACCAGGGCAAUCCCUACGUCGCCGGCGGCUGCACAGACGUCGACGACUGCAAGGAGGAAGACGCGAUCAGGUGCUACGGCGUUUGUACGAACACUGCAGGAUCAUACGAGUGCCCGUGCCCGGCUGGAACCCAUGGUGACUCUUCCGUGCCCGGGGGCUGCGUCGCUUCCCGUGCAGCUGGUAGGUGCAGCCAUUCAUGCGGGGACGUGGACGCGCCAUUUCCGUUUGGAAUUGGCCCGGUUGGUUGCUACUGGCCAGGGUUCAACCUCACCUGCGACCACAGCAGCAACCCGCCGCGGCUGUUCCUCGACAGCCAGCGUGACCUCUUCCGUGUCCAGAAGAUCUCCCUCCUAGACAACACAGUGAUCGUCCUCGUCGACGGUGCGAGCACAUUAACGACCAGCAGGUUUUCCCGUGCUAGUGGCAUGUUUGAGCGUGUCUUCACGGGUCGUGGAGACACGCCCUACUCACUGUCGACCACCGGCAACGAGCUCAUUCUCGUAGGGUGCAACGUUCAGGCGUUUCUGAUUGACGACGAGGACAUGACCACCAUCGCCGGUUGCACCUCCUUCUGCCCCGUCAACAGCUCAACUGGCAGUACGUACACCUCGAGGCAGGUACGGUUUGGCGGCAGCGACAGGUACUGCUAUGGCAUCGGCUGCUGCCAGGCGCGCAUCUCCAUAUCCGCGAACUACAACACGGCCGGAGGGUGGAUAAUCGACAGAAUCGACGAGAACCAGGCAACGCAGGGCAAAAUUUCGCCGCCUGCGGCCAUGCUGACCGCGGCGGAGGGGUGGUUCGACCAGCGGCAGGUCUCCGACAUGCUGGCCCGAGACUUUCAGCACCACCGUAGAGGAUUGAGAUCUGAGCUGCAUGUCCCCGUUAUUUUAGAAUGGGAGGUCGUGCAAGGCUUGCCUGGGCGGGCGGCCGACGCCAAGUUGCAGCAUCCAAUGGCGACUUGUCCCGCGGAGGUAGCCAACAGUCUCUGCAAGAGCAAGCACAGCGAUUGCAAACGUGGGAGAAGAGGCUAUUUGUGCCAGUGCAGCAAUGGCUACGUCGGCAACCCCUACAAAAAAGAGGGAUGCAAAGGUGACCGGAAGUCCUUAAGUACAGGUAUAUACAUAAACUAUGGGGGUUGCUAUUGGGGCUGUCGUCAUACUUUCGUUCUUCAUUGCACUUUUCAUUUCAAAGAAAAUUAAACAUCGGCGGGCACAAAUGUUGAAGCGGCAUUUCUUCUUGAAGAAUCGUGGACAGUUGUUGCAACAGUUGGUAUCUCAAAGAGCCGAUAUUGCGGAAAGAAUGGUUAUAACCUUGGAAGAGAUUGAGAAGGCCACAAACAAUUUUGAUAAAACACGUGAGCUUGGUGGCGGAGGGCAUGGCAUGGUUUACAAAGGGAUCUUAUCGGACCUCCAUGUUGUGGCCAUCAAGAAACCAAAAAAGUGGUUCAGAAGGAGAUUGAUGAGUUCAUUAAUGAGGUUGCCAUCCUAUCACAGAUCAACCAUAGAAAUGUAGUAAAACUAUAUGGUUGCUGCCUUGAAACCGAAGUGCCCUUGUUGGUUUAUGAGUUCAUAUCCAAUGGUACCCUCUAUGAACAUCUUCACGUUGAGGGGCCAAGAUCUUUGUCGUUGGAUGAUAGGUUGCAGAUAGCAACUGAAACAGCUAAAUCUCUAGCAUAUCUUCA